AGUUAUUUAUCACCUCAACGUCUUAGUGUGAUUCUUGGGUGCGCAAAUAGGAAUGUAGCGAUUGGACUGGUCUCUUGCGUUUCAGUAACAAAAGCAGUGGGGCUGGAGCGUCCUUGUGGCUGCACGGUAGGACUAAACGUAAAAUAGGACAGUUCUGUUGGGUCUGAACUAAAUAACUACACGAGCUGUGCUGAGAAACUAUGCCUCUCCAAAGCUUGUAGAGAAUAUUGGAGAGCAUUACAGUGGACUUAUUCUGCAAUGAUAAACCUGUGCGUCAAACAGGACUGAGGCUGAUUUGGGUCCAGUCUGGGUGAUGGCUGACAUGCUGGAGCUCAGGACAGAUGGGAACUCUCUACUGAAAGCAGUGUGGCUUCGGCGUUUACGCCUUACAAGGCUACUUCUGGAAGGUGGAGCCUACAUAAAUGAAAGCAACGAUCGUGGAGAGACACCACUCAUGGUGGCCUGCAUGUCCAAACACUCUGAUCAGCAGAGUGUCAGCAAGUGUAAGCUCGUCAAGUACCUUCUGGACAACAAAGCUGACCCUAAUAUCCAAGACAAGGCUGGAAGGACAGCCCUUAUGCACGCAUGCAGCCACAGGGCAGGACAUGAGGUGGUCUCACUUCUACUGACUAAUGGGGCUGAUCCAAGCCUGGAGGACCGUCAUGGAUCUUCUGCUUUAGUCUACGCUGUCAAUGCAGAUGAUAAAGAAACCCUAAAAGUUCUCCUUGAUGCCUGCAAAGCCAAAGGCAAGGAGGUCAUCAUCAUUACCACUGACAAAUCACCAUCUGGAACCAAAACCACCAAACAGUACCUGAAUGUUCCUCCUUCUCCAGAGUUGGAUGAGAGGACCUCUCCUGCACCUUGUGCCUCACCAUCAGAGAUAGAUCUUCAUGCAUCGCCAUCUCCCAGCAAAGAUGAGGAGCAAGACACUGUAUUCAAUUUUCAAACUAAAUUUAAGUCAGCCUCAAACACAGCAGCCAAACUUUCCAAUGGACUUACUUCCCCCAGUAAGAAGCCUGUGAACCCCAAGAGGGCUCGUCUACCCCAGCUGAAGCGUCUACAGUCAGAGCCUUGGGGUCUAAUUGCCCCCUCCGUCUUGGUGGCCGCAAAUGAAGAGAGCAAGAGAGCCAACUCAGACGAAGAUGUUGUCGCAGGUGUCAAUGGACUGAGCCUGUCCAAAAGAGGCACUUUGUCCCGGCAUAACAGUGUGGAUGGAAAAGAUAUCUUGUUUCCGAUGGUGGGAGAUCAGACCACAAAAAUCUCGCCAACUUCAUCCCUUUCGACAUCUUCCAAAGCCUCCUAUGAGAGAUCUCUGGCACAGCACCAGCCCCUCGCACGACGUAGCACUCUCCCCAUGGAGCAGGAGGGCUCUGGAGGAAACUUGGGGCCAGUUAGCCUCAGAGACACAGUGCACCGGAGGAGACUGGGGAACGAACACUACGACUCAGACUCCCAGCUGUACUCAGAUUCCAGCAUGCUAGACUCUCCUAAGGCACCUCUGGAGAGGAGGAAGCUCAAUACAUCCCCUCUUGCUAUGCUUACAGGCUCACGAGACUCCUUGGACAGCAAUCCCAGUACCUCCUCCCCUAGCACAGCCAGAUGCAGGGCACCUGGCCUACUGGAGCGACGUGGCUCUGGAACGCUAUUGCUGGAUUAUAUAUCCCACACCCGCCCAGGUCACCUUCCCCCAUUAAACAUCAACCCUAACCCUCCGAUUCCAGAUAUAGGGGCAAGCAGCAAACCCUCAUCCCCACUUGCAGCAGGUAUCAGACCAAUAGCUCCAGUAGCACCCAACUCACCAAAGAGAGGCAACCUCAGGAUGAAGAAGAAGCUUGUGAGAAGGCACUCUAUGCAAGUGGAACAGAUGAAGCAGCUUUCAAACUUUGAAGAGCUCAACCAUCAAUCGUGAAACUCAGUCUCUGUAGAUGUAGCAACUUUAAGAUCAUAAAUAUACGUGUAUACUUAAAUAUACUUAGGCAGGUGGAAAACAGGUGGUACCUGUAAUAGAAUUUUAAGUAGUUUGCAAUGAAUGUAGCCAUUUAGGGCAAAGGGAUAUUGUAUCAACAGGUUAAUCUACUUGCUAGUUUCAAUUAGCAAAAAAAGGUAAUUUUUGAAAAAGCAACUGACAACUAAAUUUUAGUUUAGUUUUAAUAUAUGAUGUAACCUUAUAGUGUAAGCUUAGACUGUCACUUCCUACCACCCACAGAACUCGUUUUCAAAAUAAAUGUUGGUGGAAAUAGGAUUUACAACAGUCACAAAAAUACAACAAAGUAGUGUGCAAUUUUCCAUUCCGCAACAAAGGUAGUGUUUGUCCUCUUAAAGAGUAGGUGAGAGAGUGUGCUAUUAUUCUCUUGCGAAUGAAGAUUGAAUUUGACAGCUUGACUACAGCUAGUUCUAAGCGCAGCUCUUCUGCUGCAAACACAAACAGAGACAGAAAUAUCUGUAUAUCUUCAAAGUCUAGACAUCUCUCCAUGAGAUUCAUUAAGGCAGACAGGAGAGUGAAUGCAAAACCAUACUGUCAAAAUGGAGCAGAGAGGUCACCAGAUCAUACCCAUUAAAAGAAAGCAUUCCAUUGGCUCCUGAUUAUAAAGCUGGAAGUCCUGCAAGAAAAGCAAAUCGGGUUGAGAACUGUAGCACGAAAGAGGAGAUGCAAGAGAAUUUUUCUCUUAUCACUAUACAUACAAUAUGUUAACUUUUUAAUGUUGAUGUUAAUAAUGCCUCUGUGCAGAUGUAUCAUUACAUGCAUAUCUUAUCUAGAUUCUAAGAAAUACUAACCAUCUGUGAGCUAAUUAUAGGGGAAUCUGUCUCUUGUAAUUGAUUACAUCCUACAUCAGUUGCAAUAAUACAUGCAACACUGCAAGUGUAAUUAUGACUUACUCCUUAAAGCAAAGAUGAUUCAUAUAGUCAUAGAGCCCUUAGUUAACCUUGCUAGGUUGACAGUCUUUACAUAUAUAAAGUGUCAGUUCGUUCCAUGAUGAGUUCAAGGGAUUGAAUGUUUGUAGCUAAUUAGUGUAUAGUGCCUUUGAGGGAGAGUAAAAGGUGUUCUGCAUCACAUAUUACUUUUAAUAAAAUAUUAUUAAGCAGCAUUUGAAUCACAAUAUUAGAAUCAGUAUGCUGCAAGUAAGAAAUCACAUGACAUGAAGUAUAAUGAUGACAACAAUUGACAAAAAUGGCUAAGUAAUACUUUGAUCACAGCGUAUCAUAAUAUAAUUUAGAUAAAGUCUGUAGCGGAACAUGCCUUGUGAUACACCAAUGACUAUUGUACAGACAAAUGUGAACAUAGGUUUAUCCAUUUGUCAGCCAGUGUUAUGUGGUAGAACUAAUGUGCCCAGGUUACUUUUUGUGCAAAUGCAAAGUGCUUCAGAUUCAUUGCUGCUAUAAUGUUUAAUAGCCACUUGACUGCACAAGGCUGUCAAAUAAUAAAUGUUCUGUAGUACUAGAGUUAGCUGGCUAACUCCUCACUCAUUUUCCCUGAAUUAAGACAUUAAACACAAGCAAUCAACAGAUGCAUUUAGGCUUUGGGUCUGUGAUUAUUAAAUACACAUAUGACAUAAAUAUAUGGGUCCAUAAUAAUAAUUCUAUUAAUAAUAAUAAUUUAUAACUGCUGGCACUCAUGCAAUUCAGUAGUAAAAAACUGAUUAAAUUAUUAUAUUGUUACAUUUAAAUGAUUAAUGAGCCCCAAAUGAGAAAAGGUUUUAUCACAACUGUCUUAUAUUAAAACUGUGAGGCAUACUUUUGGUUGCGCUCAUGUUUACAUUGUUUGAUGCAUAGUAUUUUUGUAUGUAGUAUCUUGUAUAUUUUGAAUAAAUGUCUGUAACAAUCUA